AUGAAUCCUUCCUUCCUACCACCAGCACCACCACCCCACGCUCGAUUCCUCCACCCCAAUUCAUCUGGGAGUACGUUGCAUGUCGGCGGCGGAGGUUCGAGUCCCAAUGCCACUAUGAAUGGGAAUGCCACUGGGAUGGGGAAUGGAAAUCCGACUGGGAGCGGCCCUAGUGGUUCAAGUUCAGAAAGGAAUCGGACGAGUGCGGUGUACUAUGCACAGCAGCAGGUGGGAGCUUCGAUUGUGGAUGGGAGGAAGAAGGCAGCGGAGGAGUGUAAGAGGAUGGUGCACCGUAUUAGCGCGCAAUGUCGAAGGCAGAACCGGAAGUUCAGGGACCUCGAAUUCGACAUCGAAAACGACAAAAACCGGUGCCUCCAUAACCUGACCGAAACCAACAUCUUCAUACCCCCGGACGCACGUCGUGUAACUGAACUCUUCGACAAACCUAUCACCUUCUUCUCUGGCCAUGGAGGACCAGGUGCGGCGGAGAUCGUGCAGGGCGCGGUGGAAGAUUGUUAUUUCGUUUCUGCCUUGUCGGCUAUGACUUGCAUGCCGGAGCUGGUGGAGAAUGUUUGUGUUGCUCGUGACGAAGAAGUUGGAGUGUAUGGGUUUAUCUUUUAUCGGGAUUGUUAUUGGGUUCCGGUGGUCAUCGACGAUCUCCUCUUCACCCGCGUCCCCAAAUACGAACAACUCACCUCCGGCGAGAAAGAACUCUACCAUUUCGAGAAAUCGCGCUACAACUCGACGGCGCGUAGGAGCGGGGAGUCGCUUUACUUUGCAAAAUCCGCGGGGAAGAAGAAAACAGAUGUCAGUGAUAGCGUAAAGCCGGAUUGUGAUAAUGUUGAUGGCGGUCAUGGCGGUAGUGGGGGAGGGGGAGGGGAUACGUGGGUACCCUUAAUCGAAAAGGCGUACGCCAAGGUCCAUGGGGAUUACGCUUCUGUGAUGUUUGGGAGGACCGGCGUGUCUAGCUUGAUACUUUCCAAGGACAUCCUCGACAUUGACAAAUUCUGGAACGAAGAGCUCGUCAAAGCCAACAAAGACCGGCUUUUCGGGUGCUGGUUCAAAGCUCUAGACGGGAGCCGGAACACGCUCAAGAACGCUACCGUGGACGGUCUAGUCGGGAACCUCUCACAUUCAGUCAUCAAAGCAGUCGAAUGCAGAGGUAAACGCUUCGUCGUGCUUCGCGAUCCGUGGGGAGAGGCGGCGUGGGGUGGUCCCUGGUCCGACGGCUCGAAGGAGUGGACACCCGAGUGGUUGGAGAUUCUCCCCGAGCUUGGACAUGACUUUAGUGGGAGUGGGCAGUUUGUGAUGGAGUACAAGGACUUUCUCUCGGUCUGGCAGGAGAUCCAGCGGACGUUCGUGUUUGACGAGGAUUGGGUCAUGUCGUCUCAGUGGCUCUACCUCCCAGACAGGCCUUCGAUGGCGCCAUGGGCCUAUGGCGAUCUGAGCUUCUCCUUCUCACUCCCAGCAGCCUCCCGCACGAUCAUCGUCCUCUCCAAGGUCGACUCGCGAUACUUCAAAGAUCUCCACGGUCACAGUCUUUGGAACUUGGACUUUGUCUUGGUCCGCGAAGGUCAGACGGAGCCUAUGGCCGAAUCGACAUACUCGUUCUUCUACACGAGGAGUGUGUCACUCGAAAUUGAUCUGGAGCCAGGGAACUAUGUCGUUCAUGCACGACUUGACUCCGCUUCCAUCCGGGACAAGGACUAUUUCAGGACUGGGUUGAACUCCGGGUGGGAUCGACGGAAGGUCGCCAGGAUCCUGAUGGAACGUGCCAAAAGCUGGUCGAUCGCCUCGAAUUACAAACACGAUGAUACGUAUCUCGUCCAAACGUUAUCAGAGUUAUUGGUCGACGACGCAGCCAACUCCGACAAGGCGACUCUGGAUACUCUUAAUACGCAUGCACGAGAAAUCAAAACAGGGGAGAACAUCACGGUGACCACUACGACUACCACUCAAACCGUGGUUUCGAAACACGGCGACUGCAGUCGGCCAAGCCCUGCUAGUCCGUACGAGGUGCCGCCAUACGGUAACGGGGUGGCGUACACACCGUAUGAGGCACGGUCCUGCCCUCAGCCAAGCCGCAAGCACGCCUCGGGCAACAAGCUUAGUGGAAUGCAGCAGGGCAUGAACUAUAAGCAUGCAGAGCCGGGAUGGGUGCCUGUCGAUGGCUCACAAGCGGAGUCAUCCCCGCCUAAUUCCCCUCACGCUGAGACGUACUACUUCCCUUCAAAUCCGCCUGCACCUUCAGGCCCUGUUUCGUACCCUGUACCACCGCCUCCCCCUGGGCCCCCACCACCUCCACCUCCUCUGCAGGUUCCGACCUUUGUGGCGCCUCUACAUUUGGGAAGAGCGCAUUCACCUAUUCCACCGAGGUCCCAGUCACCCACUGGUUUUCCGGAAGACGAUAACGGACUUGUGGUCGGUCUGAAGGUGUAUACUCACAAAGUUGCUCCGACGUCUAUUACUGGACGGCUUCGAGCAAAGAAGGACAGGCGGUGA